UUGCUUGGCAUUGCGGGCCAGCGGGCAGAGCCUCGGACCCGGGCUCGCUCUCCGCCCCCCACCCCCACCCCGAGGGCAGCAGCGUGGGGCCCGGCGGGCCGGCGGAUCUACCGCGACUCCGGCCAUGCCCGGCUGGCCCUGGGGGCUGCUGCUGACCGCGGGCACGCUUUCGACCGCUCUGAGCCUGGGGCCGCCGGCGCCCGGACCCUGCCAUGACGAGGGGGGCGCGCCCCGCGGCUGCGUGCCGGGCCUGGUGAACGCCGCCUUGGGCCGCGAGGUACUGGCGUCCAGCACGUGUGGGCGGCCGGCCACGCGGGCCUGUGAUGCCUCCGACCCGAGGCGGGCACACCCGGCCGCCCUCCUGACCUCUGCAGGGAGCACCACAAGCCCUGUGUGCUGGCGUUCGGACUCACUGACGCAGGCGCCCUUCAACGUGACCCUCACAGUGCCUCUGGGCAAGGCUUUUGAGCUGGUGUUCGUGAGCUUGCGCUUCUGCUCUGCGCCCCCUGCCUCGGUGGCUCUGCUCAAGUCACAGGACCAUGGCCGCAGCUGGGCCCCACUGGGUUUCUUCUCCUCCCGCUGUGGCCUGGACUAUGGCCGCCUGCCUGUCCCUGCCGAUGGCCCACCAGGCCCAGGGCCCGAAGCUCUGUGCUUCCCGGAGCCCCAGGCCCAGCCCGAUGGUGGUGGCCUUCUGGCCUUCAGCGUGCAGGACGGAAGCCCACCAGGCCUGGAUCUGGACAGCAGCCCAGUGCUCCAAGACUGGGUGACUGCCACAGACAUUCGAAUAGUGCUCACAAGGCCUGCCGUGCUGGGGGACACCAGGGACUCCGUGGCCAUGGUCCCUUACUCUUACUCGGCGACUGAGCUCCAGGUGGGCGGGCGCUGCAAGUGCAAUGGGCAUGCCUCAAGGUGCCUGCUGGACACCCAGGGCCACCUAAUCUGCGACUGCCAGCAUGGCACCGAGGGCCCCGACUGCGGCCGCUGCAAGCCCUUCUACUGCGACAGGCCGUGGCAGCGGGCCACGGCCCGGGAAGCCCACGCCUGCCUUGCUUGCUCCUGCAAUGGCCACGCGCGCCGCUGCCGCUUCAACAUGGAGCUGUACCGACUAUCCGGCCGCCGCAGUGGCGGGGUCUGCCUCAACUGCCGGCACAACACGGCCGGCCGCCACUGCCACUACUGCCGGGAGGGCUUCUAUCGAGACCCUGGCCGUGCCCUGAGUGACCGCCGCGCUUGCAGGGCAUGUGACUGUCACCCUGUUGGUGCUGCUGGCAAAACCUGCAACCAGACCACAGGCCAGUGUCCCUGCAAGGAUGGUGUCACGGGCCUCACCUGCAAUCGCUGCGCCCCCGGCUUCCAGCAGAGCCGCUCUCCCGUGGCACCCUGCGUUAAGACGCCUGUCCCUGGACCCACUGAGGAGAGCAGCUCUGUGGAACCCCAGGACUGCGACGUGCACUGCAAACCAGCCCGCGGCAGCUACCGCAUCAGCUUGAAGAAGUUCUGCAGGAAAGACUACGCGGUGCAGGUGGCGGUGGGCGCGCGCGGCGAGGCGCGCGGCUCGUGGACGCGCUUCCCGGUGGCCGUGCUUGCAGUGUUCCGGAGCGGCGAGGAGCGCGCGAGGCGAGGGAGCAGCGCGCUGUGGGUGCCGGCGCGGGACGCGGCCUGCGGCUGCCCGCGCCUGUUGCCCGGCCGCCGCUACCUGCUGCUGGGGGGCGGGCCGGGGACCGCGGUCGGGGGCCGGGGGCCCGGGCUCAGCGCUGCCCGCGGGAGCCUCGUGCUGCCCUGGCGCGAUGCGUGGACGAGGCGCCUGCGGAGACUGCAGCGGCGCGAGCGGCGGGGGCGCUGCGGGACGGCCUGA